AUGAUGGCGGCCACGCCCUCGCUGUCUGCACAGGACGAUCUGGUGUCUUCGCCCUUUUCGUCACGUCUCGCGCGUUCCCUGACGCGCCUCGCCUCGUCGUAUCUCGACGCGACGACUUUGUAUCCGAAGACGCGGUGGCUGGUUUUCUUCGCGCUCCUGGCGCUGUACGUCCUCCGGGUGUAUCUCCUCGCCGGCUUCUUCGUGGUGACGUACGGCCUCGGGAUCUACCUGCUGAAUCUGCUGAUUGGAUUCAUCUCUCCCCAGAUUGACCCGGAGACUGACGAGUUCGUCCUGCCGGUGCGCGAGACCGAGGAGUAUCGGCCCUUCCAGCGGCAACUUCCCGAGUUCAAGUGCUGGCAAGCCGGCUCUCGCGCCGUCGUGAUCUCGAUCGCCCUCACGUUCUUCCCCGUCUUCGACUUGCCUGUCUUCUGGCCGAUCCUCCUCAUCUACUUCAUUCUGCUCUUCGUCCUCACCAUGAAGCAGCAAAUCAAGCGCAUGAUCAAGUACAAGUACUUACCCUUCUCCUGGGGGAAACAAACCUACGGAGACAUCACGCGCGGCAAGGCGGGCGCAGAUCGCAGCUGCAAGGAGCAAGGUUCGCACGGCUGGCGCCUGGGCACGCAGGCGGCGGAAGGCGUCUCCUCCGCCGUCUCCAUGGGCCAGGACCACCUCACCACGCCCUACGUUCUCCGAUGA